AUGCAAGACCAGUGGACAUUUGCACAGGCGGACUGCUAUGUCCAAAAUAUGGCGAGCUGGCUCGUGGUAAACAAGCAGGACGAGAAAUAUCUUAUCCAAGUUUCGUGGCCAUUGGAAUGGGAAUCGACCGAAGAUCAGCCAAUCGUCAACAAAGCCAAUGCAAUAUACAUUGUGGAUGGCAAUGCAAUGAUGCUUUCAGCAACAGAUAUCGUCCGGCGGCGGCGAAUGCGUAAACCGCAGGAAACAUCGACAAUAAUCAUUGGAAUAUCUUACCCAUUGACGCGGUCUGUUUACAGCCCUCGUCGAAACCAUGAUUUAACUCCCCCCUGCGAGAAUUAUGACUCGCCCAAAACCCCGGAUGGGAAGCCCAACCCUCAGGAGUAUGGAGGUGCAGAUGCUUUCCUCAAUUUCAUAACGAACACUGUUCACCUUUUUGUAUUUUCGUCGAUAUUUCCUCGCGUAUCAGUCUGUCAGUCUGCUCUGUUUGGACACUCUUUUGGGGCCAUAUUCGCCCUCCAUGCACUCUAUACAGCCCCCGCAAGCUUUGAUGCUUAUCUUGCUGCAAGUCCGUCAAUUUGGUGGAACGAUGGGUUGCUGUUGCAGGAAGAAGAGCAAUUCUACAACAUGCCAGAAUCUCACCACCAGCCUAGAGUUUGGAUGGCCUAUGGAUCACUUGAGCAGUCUCCCAUACGUCAGAGAAACCAGUCUCUGGAGGAAUAUGAAAAACGGUUGGCAAUAGCCAAGGAACGUCUAAUGGGGGAUAAUUGCGACCAGAUGUUUGUUCGACUUCUGCAGAGUGGACGGCUACGGUCAGUCGUACGAAGAAAAUAUGAAGAUGAAGACCAUGGCAGUGUCAUUGCUGGAGCACUGAGCGGAGCUAUCUUCUAUUUCCUUGAUCAAGAUGAAGAAUGA